UAUCUGCCAUUUUGUAUCCGCACGGUCUGUUUAGACGGAGCCAGGUCGCUAACGAAGAAGGAAGCAAACAGCCCAAUGUUAACUUUUAUUUUUAUGUGGUACCGUCAGUGAACAUUCAUCACAUUUCGAUUUGUUGCGAUAGGCCGUGUUAUUCACGGUCGUCUUGUCCACUUAUUAUAGUCAGGCGGGUGACAUUGUGUUCGACUGCAUCUUGUUUACCAUCGGCUGUAGCGGGAUUGCUAGCGUCACGGGCUAAGCUAGCUUGCACAGCACUGGCGUUAGCUCUGCAACGCUAACGCUCAAUCUGUGGCAAAAUGGCGGCCAACGCCACUCAAGCGGCCCCAGCGACUAACUGGUCCUAUGCUUCUGCUGGAGAUGGCCAGGUUCAUGAAAACCCAGAAUGGGAGAAAGCAAGACAAGCACUUGCAUCCAUUAGCAAGAGUCAGAGCGCUGCCAAGACUACACAAGCCAACCGGGCCACAGCAGAGGCCGGUCAGUUCCAACCAGCAGUGACGGACUCUACUGCCAUUCAUCAUCAGCAGCAGCAGCAGCAGCAGCAGUACUAUCCAUGGUACCAGCAAACCCAGCAGCACUACCCUGGAUACACAUACCCUUAUAACUAUUACUACCCCAUGGGUCCAUAUGGAGCUCCUUAUCCACCAAAUCAGUAUGGUGUACCUCCAGGGCCUUUCCCAGGAACUCCACCCUCCAAUGGCCAGCCUCCUCCAGUGCCUGGAAUGGAAGACCAGUCCCCCAGCUACCCCUCUCAACCACAACCCCCUCCCCCUGCUACUCCCCAGCCACCCCAGAGCCCAACCACCUCAGAGAACCCCCCUCCUCCACCCCCAUCUAUCCCUCCUCCACCCAACUCUCAGUACCCCCCUCCUCCUCAAAAUGCUUACAGUUCCAACAACUCCAUGCAAUACCCACCUGGCGACCCCAACCAAAUGCAAGUCUACAAUCAUUCCCAGGGAAGGCCUAACUAUGGCCAAGGCUUCCAGGCCCAGAACACCUAUCAGCCCUCUCAGAGUACCUCUCAGCAGCCAGGCCAGUAUGUACCAGGGUUAGGCAGAGGAGAGGCCAACAAAAACAAAAACCAAAAACAAGGACAACAACUGUGGCACCGAAUGAAACAGGCACCUGGGACAAACGCUUUGAAGUUCAAUAUUCCAAAGAGGCCCUAUCAGGUCCAGUGUUCUUCAGUUUCCAAUCAGGCCUUUUCUCUAGGCGAGCAGCCCUCCGGAUUGAAUCCAUCCCCGUCCUCCCCGUCUACUGCCAGUGCUGCACCGGGAGGUGCUCAGGCCCGUCCCCAGGAUUGGCCCCAAGCCAUGAAGGAAUAUGUGCAGCGCUGUUUUACAGCCUGUGAGACGGAGGAAGACAAAGAUCGCACUGAAAAAGUCCUGAAGGAAGUCCUGCAGGACCGGCUGAAGGACGGCUCUGCUUACACCAUUGACUGGACUCAUGAGCCACUGCCAGAACUAAAGGUCAAGCAGUCUCGUUGGGAAGCUGUCCUGCCCCAGAGGGCCUCAGACGGCCGUGGUGGAAAUACCGUGGCGGCAGCUUCAAGAGGCAGGGGUAGUGGACACAGAUUGGGUCACUACAGGAAUAUAUUUUCUCAAAGGAGUCCAUCCUCAAGUUCCUCCCAUUCCUCCUCACGCUCCCCCUCCCCCUCCCAUGGCCGACACAGGGACCGCAGCAACCAAAGACACAGGCGAAGUGAUUCUGGCUCCCAGUCAGACAGCAGCAUCUCCAGUGAUCUUAGGCCUCAGCUGUCAAGACGAAGUCAGAAAGGAGCACGUGGUCGUGGUAAUGACAGGGAUAGAGGACGAGGGGGUGGAGAGAGGGGACGAGGAAGAGGAGGAAAAGCCAACAGAGGAAGACGAAACAUGGAAGAUGCUGUUGUUGGAAAGAAAAGGAAAGGAGGAAACGCUGGUCUGGAUUUCCAUGACCCCAACAGAGAAGCCAAGAAGCAGAGCAGAGCAGCUCGUUUCCACAAGCAGCUGCGUUCAGAGCCCCUGGUUCUCUCCAUUAACGCGUUCGACCUGCCUGACGGCACACAGGAGAGCCUCAGCUGGGAGGACUGCCCCAUUGUGGGAACAUGUCAGGAUAUCACAAAGCACUACCUGAGGCUCACAUGUGCCCCUGACCCCUCCACUGUGCGCCCUGUGCAUGUGCUGAGAAAAUCUCUGCAGGAUGUGAAAACCCACUGGAAAAACAAGCACGACUACACUUAUGCAUGUGAACAGAUGAAGUCCAUACGACAAGACCUCACGGUCCAGGGAGUUCGUACAGAGUUCACAGUCGAAGUGUACGAGUGUCAUGCCCGAAUUGCUCUCGAAAAGGGAGACCAUGAAGAGUUCAAUCAAUGCCAGACCCAGCUGAAGGCUCUAUAUAAGGACAAUCCCUCAGAGAACAUUGGAGAGUUUACUGCAUAUAGAUUGAUGUAUUACAUCUUCACUAAAAACUCUGGAGAUCUGACCACUGAAUUGGUGUACUUGACCCCAGCGCUGCGGGCAGAUGUGUGUGUGGCUCAUGCUCUUGCACUCCGAGCUGCCUGGGCGCUGGGAAACUUCCGCCGUUUCUUUAAGCUCUACCAAGAAGCCCCGCGCAUGGCUUCAUACCUCAUUGACAAGUUUGUAGAGAGGGAAAGAAAGGUUGCACUUCGGGCCAUUGUCAAAACGUUCAGGCCCGACUUGCCGGUGCAAUAUGUGCAGUCCGCUCUGGGCUUCCCUUGUUUAGACUCCUGUAUGACCUUUCUUACUGGGCUAGGUGUCACCUUCACCCCCUAUGACCCCGAAAGGAUAGACUGUAAAACCAGCACUACAGCUUUGGCUGCCUCCUGAGUGGUUGGGUGGUAGCAGAAUGUAGGAAGUCACUUAGAGACUCUCACGGAUCCUUACAUAUUGAAUGCACUGCAAUUCAGACACCUCUGUCAGUUUAGCUAUAGCAGUGGAAGAUUAAAACCUUCACAAGGCCAUUGAGGAUAAUGCAGGCUAACAUACUCUGCUGAGACCCAAGAUUUCAGGAUGCAGAUGUAAUUACCAGACAAAACAAUUUUAAACGAGAGAAUAUUUGCACACUCAGCUAUUGUACGUCAGCAUAAUACCCAAGAGAUCUCACUAAAUUUAUGAUGCCAGUGAAUAGAUUUGGGAAUCUCAUGUAGACUCUGCGCUUAGAGGCCUAGAAGUCACAGAACUAGAUCAGGGAAACCAACCCUACCCCACCCCCACCCCCUUGGUUCCUAUUCCUUUACGACCGUCAGUUGUCAAAGCUAACAGUGUUCUGUUAUGUUUUUUCCUUCCCCAAGUCAACAGCUCCAAGACCUGAAGAUUCAAGCCUUGCCAAUCAAAAGGGAAACACACAGAGCUCUUCAAGUCAUCUGUCCAGCUCUCUGUUGUGUGAAGUCAAGCCUAUGGAAUCGGUUCAACUUUGCAUUUUCCUCUUAGAGACUGUGAGACGACGGUAGCGAGAAGACGCCUGCAGUUUGUCUGAAAGAAGAAGAGGUGGUGGUUUGUAUGUCCUGCCCUGCAUCCCAUUUCCUCCAUGUAUCUACAGCCGGCUGUUCACCCGGUCCCUUGUCCCCAACCUGGGAAAGCAAUGGACUAAGUCUUAAGUCUAAUCUAAAGUCUCCUGAAUUAAUUAAGUACUGUCCAUCCGUUGUCUCAGCUAUGAAAUGGUUGUCCAGCAUUUGGAAGAAGUCUCAAUCUGAUGAGCAUUGACUCUUUGUAUGAUAAAAGGAUACAGGCAAGUGUUCUUCAUCAAGGUUAUAUCCUCACUCCUCCAUAUCCUGGAAGCUGAGCUCCAUCUACAACACAGCAGCCAGAGGCAGAAAGGAAAUCUGCUUCCAUCGUCCUCAGGUAGAAGUUCCAGCCAGCACGCAGAAUCCAGCACGCCGCGGUCAACAUGGCAGAGUGGAGAACCGAUGAUGGUCAUACUUCACCAGCUGUUGCUCAAAAGAAACGGGCAGGCUACCUUUUUCCAGUGCAGCUGAAGGUGAAGGUUGAAUUUCGCACGACGGAGCACCGGGGAGAACAUGCUCUCUCUUGAAAAAGGAAUAGCAACAAGUGGUUUGUAUGCUACAUCUGGUGCUGGUGUUUGCAUGGCUGGUAAGAGAGAGGGACUUCUCUGGAAGGAGGUGGAUGACGCCGCUGCAUUUCUGCUGUUGUAGUGUUUUGUCGUUGGGGGUUUGGCAGUAUUGUCCUUUCUCGUGACGAGAGGAAAACACUGCAGUCAGUUGAAUGAAAAGGCUGAAAGACUUGAAUCAGUAAGAUCCUAGAUGUGUUUCUGCACAGUUCCAUGCUGCUGUUUGAAUGUCAUGAGUAUUUAAACCAGAACAUGAGCUUUAAACAACAAAAAGUUAAUGAAGAGGGAGAUGUAAGUGGAGUGCAGCCUAGUGCUUAUGUUUUUCUGGUAGAUAUGAAAUAAUUCUCGUAGAUAAAUGUUGUAGUUAUCAACAGUUUGUCUAAGUGACGGUAAAAUUGUAGCGGGACAAAGUUGUCUGGAGUGAAUCGGCCCCUUUGUCUUAAGGAAAGUACCUUUCAGGACCAGUGAUCCACCACAAUAUUAAGAAUUAUAUUUAUUAAACAAAAAUCCUAAAUGGCAGGAAAUGUAAAUCUGACGAUCGGAACUUUUCACAUUGAAUUUGUUUUCGUGCUGCUUUUCGUUGUAUCCUAUAAUUUGGUUCCCAUUGAAACGUCGUGUUCAGAUUGAUAACACAAAUUGACAUUGUUUCUCAUAAUCUUAGUUUUCCUUUAAAGAACAGUAUUAAUUACCACGAUAGAGACUUUGAGACAGAGAUAUUUAACGAACUCUGGUGUAACUGACUGGAGCACGAGUGGAUGCAGGCUUGCUGUAUAAUGAACAUGUUUACUUGUGUAAAUAUUGUAUGAUAAUGAUCUAUUUUCAGUUAGUUCUUAGGUUUUGUUUUUUCACACAUGGGUAAGUGUGAUAUUUUUUUUCUGAGUUUUUUAAAACUCUUAGAUUGUUAGAUUUAUUGAAAUGGAUUGUUUGCUUCAUUACAUUGACCUCAUUGCCGUAGAAGUUGAUAAUUGCUAGUGGUAUAUUCUUCCUGUGAACAUUGCUACAGACUCUAGCCAAACCUUUGCGAGAUGUCAAACCUAACUAAUAUGAAACAUUUUUAAGUGGACAAAAUGCUUGUUUAAACCUGGAUUAAGUAUGUGGAAAUAAUUUGCAAUGACAAUGAUCUCAACAUGUUUUCUUUCCUCCCCCUUCAUCUAUCUGACCCUCUGUCUUCUUUGCUGUCCUCUCACUCCCUAAACCUCUCUCACACCACCAGACUCCCCUUUCUUCAGCUCAUGGCACUGCUGCAUUGCAGGAGCACAGAGUGAUGAUAAGUGGGCGACGCUCCUCCAGACGCCAGCCGGAGAGAGUGAAUUGUGAGCAAUCCAAGUCUGGGUUUGACCCACUGGAGCUGAUGAAAUACAUGGGAGCCUCACACAAUGAAAUGAAAUGCUCUGCUAAUCCAAAGUCCUUCAACAUGUUUCUCUGUGCAACGUAUAGUUUUUUUUAACAAUGUUGAUUGUUGUCACAAUCUUGUACUUUUCUGUGUGUCCAGAUGCAUUUGCAUUUUUUUGAGUCAUGUUUGCUGGUAAAAUGUGUCAUUAAGGUUUUUUUCUUUUUUUCUUUGCCCCAGGUUACUUAUAGUCUGGAGUUGUUUGGCUUUUGUUUACUCGAUCCGCAGAUUUCCCUCAGUUUUAUAUCGUAGACUAGUUUUGAGAGUUUCUACACGGUGUCUGGACAUACAGAAACAUACUGUUAUCCUCAUAUAUAUUUUAUCAAUUCUUCUUAGUAUUUAGGCCAAGUUUUCUGGUGUGUGCUCCCAUGCUAAGAAUGACUGGUGUCUCCGUGUGAUGAGCUUGUUGACUGAUCAUUUGUCGCCUAAGGCUUGUGUAAAUCUAAACUUUUCCUCAAGGUAGAAGUGUAUACAUCUGAUGUCUCGGGGUUGACACAGACCAGGAUGUUUGGUUUAUUAUUAUUAUUUCUUUUUAAUUGAAAGUUCUCCCCAGAUAACUAACAAUGCACAUGUUUAUUUUGGAUGUUUUCCCCCUUUCGAUGCCCGAAUCAUGUUUUCAGUAUUUUUUGCUCCCAUGUUACUGUAUAUCUCCAUCAGUCUUUGUAAGUCAUUCCUUGAUAUUCAAUACUGGAAGAGCUCCCUUGUCCCUCAGCUCUGUUCAUUUCUACCAUUCCCCCCUUUAACUUGUCCUCAUUUAAGUUGAUCUAGUCUCUGUUCUCACUUUCUCCCACGACCUCUCUCGCAUGCUGUCUUCUUCCCUCUCCUGUUCUCUCCUACAAAUCUUUAACCAGAAUUUGUUCUAUUGUCAUUCUUUUCUUUUCCUUUUUAAUGUUGUUGAGUUGUUUGUGACUGUUUGCAAGGUGCAACUAGUCACUCUCUCACUAGUAAGUAUUGUAUUGCGUCUGCAGUGCUUUAAUAGUUUAUGUUGCAGCUCACUAACAACUGAAGCUGAAGGUUUAUCUGCAUCGCCUCCUCCCUGUCCCUCAUUUCCACUCUUCUCUACAGAUCUGAUAUGACAAACUGCCAUUUUGUAAAUAUUGUGUACAUAUCUUUUGGAAAAAAUCAAAUAAAAUUCAAGUAUAAAGGA